GCUCUUGCUAUUCAACAACAUUACGUGAUUGCUAUGGGAUGUGCUGUUUUGGAGUUCUUUAUUGAGGCCUUCUUCUUUCCAUCCUUGAAGGAACAUCCAAUUAUCUGUUAUUUGGGAUUGAUUCUUGUUAUUAUCGGAGAGGUCAUCAGAAAGGUUGGCAUGGUUACAGCCAAGAAGGCCUUCACUCACUACAUUCAAGAGAAUAGAAGACCUGGUCACAAUUUGAUCAAGCACGGAAUUUAUGCUUACAUUCGUCAUCCAGGUUAUUUGGGUUGGUUUAUUUGGGCUCCAGCAACUCAAUUGGUUCUCAUGAAUCCUAUUUGUACUGUCUUGUUCUUGUAUGUGGCUUGGUACUUCUUUUAUGAUAGAAUUCCAUAUGAAGAGGAAACACUUAUUGAUUUGUUUGGAAAGGAAUAUGAAGAUUAUAGAAGAGCAGUUCCAUCCUAUAUUCCAUUCAUUGAUGGCAUCGUUUUAAAGAAGCAUUAAUAUUUUAAAAACCAAUUAAAAAAGAUUUAAUUUAUUCUAA